CCGUUACCGCUUCAGCUGCAAGUUAUACAGUAUCGACGACAACAACAACUCGACGACGAGUGAAGUACCUGCAGACGUGCGAUAGUAGACGCUUGGAAAUUCGUCACCGAUGGUCUGCUGCACCAGGAUAAAAAGGGAUGUCGGUUAGAAUAGAAACUAGUCAAGCUAAUUAAUUAUUAUCACUAGUAGAGCUACUACUACAAAUAUAUUCAUUGAAUAAUUGUCUACAACGACGGCAAAAGCACAACACAAAGGAAGCUAUACCAUCGCGAAAAUGUCAGCGCCACAUGCGGCGUCAGGCGUUCCCAGUUACAUUCAGUUCAUUUCGCCUUGAGAAGGAAUUUCGAAUGGAGAACCACAAUUGCGACCGGUGUUAAUAACGACCCAGUGACUGUGAAGGGGGGACCGACUUAAAGAGCUUACCGAGUUUCUUCAAACGAUCAAAAUAGUGAGUGUAUUAUGUGGCAAAAAUGUGCUCCCUGUUUAAAAAGUUCGUUCACGAGCUCCGCCUUGAAGUGGGUGUCUGUGGAGCUCCUCUAUUCAUUUACUACAGUGCUCAUUGCAACCCCAUGGCCGGUUUCAUCUGCUGCUGCUGCUGCUGCUGCUGCUGCUGCUGCUGCUGCUGCUGCUGCUGUUAGCUCAGUCAGUAAAAACAAUACCAUUGAGCAACAGCGCUACGUCUAGAACGUUACUCAUACGUUCGAUUUGUUUCUUUGUUCUCUGGUUCAUUGCUCGUUCGGCUUCUUUGUCCGUGGUUUGUUUGUUUGGUUCCACAUUUUUUUCGUCAGUUUGUUAGCUGAUUGGCUACGAAACGGCUUCGGUCGGACAGCCAUCGGCUGUGGCGUGACAGGAAACAGCGAGUUAAUUAAUGUAAACGCCGAUCGACUCACUCGAACUCCUCGAUUCGAGAGGCAAACCCUCGAAAAAGAAGAUUAGCAACAACGGCAGCGUCAAGGUAAAGUGAAAAACAGAGAGCCGGAAGGCGAGCGUCGGACGGAAGCAGGCUUCGUUGCCCCAAAGGCUAUUUACGUCAAUGCUACAACUACAACAACAAAGUUUAGUUAGUCAGCAGCUACUGCUGGAGCUGCUGCUUGUUCCAUUGACAGUGUAUCAUAGCGACUGCGCGGCUGCCCCAACAAAGACGCAUUCACCUUUCUAUCAACAAUUGCUCAACUGGACUAUCGGUCAAUGCAUUGAUUUUGACCACCUACUGGUCUGUUAGGCUGCAUACAGCGUCAGGCGGUGAGGCGCUUGGUUAAAGGCCAGUGUCGUCCUGUCGCUCACUUCUACUUCUAGUACUACUACUACUGCAAUUAUUACUUACCCACCGACACAGUCAGUCGCUCGCGACCGCUCCAACCGGCACUUGCCCAUCUACCUUUUUUGAGCGGUAUAAUGCGGUAAUAAGCAGUCGAUGUUCGCCAACAACAAACUGUUUCAAUAUAAAAAACAGAUUAUGACGAUCCAAACGAAUACUUCAUCCGAAAGUUUGUAAUGUCGUCCAUUGAUGCCAUCCAUCCGAAGAAAAUUACGCUAACGCUAGGAAGGGUCGUUUAGCACUCGAUCUGGAGUUUCAUUUGCAAACUUUGAUCAUAGAUGGUCAAAGCUUGUAUAUCUGGCGAGAGAGAGAGAGAGAGAGAGAGAGAGAGAGAGCACGAAUCCUAACUCAAAUACUCUUUUCUCUGAAAAGUUAGCCGUUAUCGUUAUGACUUUUUCCAUCGGUAACUAAUCAUUUGCUCACUUCAUCGCUAUUGAUUUGAGGCACCAGCGAAAGUACGCUGUUAUCUACAGAAAAAUUCCUUCCAUUUCAAGGGCCACCCAAAAUGAAUCAUCGGCGGCACAGCCUUAGUAAUAUCAUAAUAACAUCUAACGUAAUGCCGAUACUGAUUGGGAAAACGAGGCUGAUGAUUAUGAUGUCGUCGUUGCCAUGUUGAGUUCGUUCGUUCGUUCGUUCGUUCGUCCUAAACCAGCGUCGGCGGUACCGACAAACGCCGCAGUCGCAGUGCUCCACUGGUUAAACGGUGUGCGAGUGAAAAAGGAGCAAAUGGUACCGUGCUAAUGAUGCACAAUUGAUAACGCGGCGACGAUCGUAGCGAUAACGACUCCAGUGACAAUCAGCGAUUUUUCGACUAGAGUGUCAAUUUUAUCCUUCUUACACUAAUAGCAACACAUAUAUCUUCACCACCUAUCUCAUUCUGUUUGUAUUAUCCUACGCAGCUGCUUCGGUAUUUGCUUGUAAUCAUACGAACUACAUAAAUAAUUUCCAAUUAAGUGGCAUUAAGAAAGUCAUUACAUUUAAGUUAAUAUUUCGAAAACAGAACGGAAGUCGCUUGAAGUGUCUAAUGGCGCCGUGAAGAUCAACUUCAACAAUGUUGGCAACAACAACAACAACUACAAUAUUGUAGGGUAGCACCACGUCCACUGUAACGGGCUAGACUGAAUAGUACUUAGUAUUUAUCGAGUGCCAUUAUCAGCAUCGGCGCCGGCGUCGUCGUACAUUGCUCUUCGUAGCGGUGGUGCUGUUGUUGUUGUUGCUGUUGUUGUUAUUGACGUUGUUGUCAUCGUCCAGUAAUGGUGAUUGUUUUAACGGUGGCAUGGUGUAGAGUGCAUUGGAAGAGUGCUUAAGAGUGCUUCCCUUACGGAUGUGUUGCUGGUGCCGUUCGCUGUGAGCAGGGAUCAAAGUAGUGACGGGAGGGAUUCGGUUUUAUUGCUGUUCUUAUUAUUGUGCUGGUGUGCUGUUGAGGAUAGCAGCAGCUGCUGCUGGUGCUGCCAUCGCGGCUGCUGUUGUACCUGCCGCUGUCGCCACCCCUUACGAAUACGGGGGGGGGGGCCAGCGAUAUCAGAUAUUUUGUGACAGCAAAAAAGAAAAAAUGGAUCCCAGUGGAGUGAUAACUCAGGUGCAGAGGGACGAGGAACCUCUUGCGACCUUUCCCCCUCCCCCAGCUGCAGCUGCUGCUGCUGCUGCUGCUGUCACAACCAAAGCAUCUAAACCUCGAAAAGGAGGUUUAUUGCAUAGCCUGCUGUGCUGCUGGCGGCGUCGGUCAGGAAGCGGCCGUUUGCGUGGGGCAGGAAAUGGCGACCAGGCCGAUCAGGGCGACCAGGGCGGAGGGCACAAUCAUCAAGGGCAGACCGGAACGCACACGAUAAAUACGGGCAACUCAGCAACCCUGCAAGGUCACCAUGAUGGAGCCAACAAGUUUCAGGAAGAGUCAGGGGGGAAGCUGGGCGGUGUGGGCAGUCCCUUGGGAGUCCCCAGCACCAUUUGCGCCUCAUGGUCUGCCUCGAUAACAUCAUCUUCCGUGCUCCUCGAAAAUCGACUGAGUUUGUUACCACCCUUACGGCCGUCGGAUCAGGGCAAGAUGUGCUUGGUAAUCGAUCUCGAUGAAACUCUUGUACACUCUUCGUUCAAGCCUGUCAGUAAUCCCGACUUUGUGGUACCCGUCGAGAUUGAAGGUUCAGUACAUCAGGUUUAUGUGCUGAAACGUCCCUUUGUUGAUGAAUUUCUGGAACGCGUCGGCGCGCUCUACGAGUGCGUUCUUUUUACAGCGUCAUUAUCCAAAUAUGCAGACCCGGUCGCAGACCUACUCGAUAAGUGGAACGUUUUUCGAGGCCGACUAUUCCGGGAGUCAUGUGCGUUCUACAGAGGAAACUACGUUAAAGACUUAAAUCGGUUGGGGCGAGAAGUUCACCGGGUCGUCAUCAUAGACAAUUCGCCGGCCAGUUACAUGUUCCAUCCGGAUAACGCCGUCCCAGUGGGUUCGUGGUUCGAUGAUAUGGCUGACACCGAACUGCGCGACCUUAUUCCGUUCUUUGACCGGUUAGCACAUGCACCACCACAGGAGGUGUAUGGACUAUUAAGACAGCAACAACAACCGCAGGUCGGAGGUCUUUCACAAACCGGAACGAUGCACCCGGCCAUAGUGAGCCCUACGGCAGCAGCGACGACGACAAUAGUAAUAACAACAACGACGACAACGGCGACAACAGUAACAGGAAAACAACAGACGACGACGACGACGACGACGACAACGACGACGACAACAACGACGAACAACGGUCAGGCUACACCCACAACGACACAGUAUUCGUGAGGGCGGGUUUUCGGCUCGUGCGUAACAAUCUGAUGAUAAAAUUAUAUUCAUCAUUAAUUAAGCCGAAAGAAUAUGGGUAGUCAGACGCAGAAGUUUCGGUCGCACGUCACCCGUACGUUUGUUGUGUGAGGUCGUUGCCUGUGCGACACUCUUCAGCGCAGUCAUAUCUGAUUGACGCCUAGCAAAAUAAUGCACCCAACUAAUGUAGGAUGAAGAUCGAAUUCACAACAUGGAUAUUGGACAUGAAGAUCGACUAUUAAUAAAUCAAAUAACGUUACGACUUUUGCCCGCCUUCCAAUUCGAACGAGAAAUACAUUGGCGGCCAAAUGAUUCAUCUGUAGGAAAUUCAUAGUCACUUGAAUCUGUCGAUCAGUGAUUUGUUGGCUGGGUCGAGCGAACUCCCGGUGGCGAAAGACGAAGGACGACUAACUGGUUGCUCUACCCCGUAACAUGGCCAGCUUCUUACUCAAACGCCCGAAAAAAAAACAGCCGGAAGUAACUAAUCGAAUGUGCCCCCUUUCGCCUUUUUUCUAAACAGUCGCAAAAGCGGUAAGGAGUGCUAGGACAAAUAACAUCAGCAGCUCUAACCACGGGAACAGUUCGCUCCUGAAGUAGCCAGCUCCACAUCUCAGAUGAGUUGCAAUGAAGCGCUUUAACAUAAAGAAGAAUGAAAAGACAAAGCGAUUUGAUGUAUGUAAGUAGGCUUAAGAAGGGGAAAAGCUAAGCUAAACGAACUGUGUACGAUAAGACGAACGCCUCGGCUUUGAUUGUACAGAUAAUAACAAUAAUAAUAAUAACAAUAAAAACAGCAACAACAACAAUUACUACUUCUACAACUAUUAUUACAGGAUUAAUACUGCGUAUGGAUGGAUGUAUGCGGGUGUGCAAUUAUAGAGAAUGACAAUUAUAAUAGGUCGAACAAUUUUUGGAUAUAUUAUAUGUGCUAAAAUGUAGAAGACAGCAGAAGUAUAGGAAGCAGACAAGGUUUUUGUAUGUAUAUAUAUAUAUAUAUACAGAAACGUAUGUAUAUGAUGUGAAGAAAAUGAAGAACAUAUAUAUAUAUAUAUAUAUAUAUAUAUAUAACGACAUAACGAAGAUCACGGCGUACCACGAUGGCAAUAUGUUUGUUUAUGCUGUCUCCGUCAGUGCUCGUUCUGUCUCUGCUGGUGUUUCUGUCGUGUCUUCAUCGAGUGGACAAACACACGUCCUUGUCAUAACGGGGCUUUAAGUUAGAACACACACGCACCAUAUAUAUAUAUAUAUAUAUAUAUAUAUAAUUAUCAUGAGUGGAUUAUAUGUAUUGCAAAGAGGGGCAAUUUCUUAUAAGCGCUUGUACGUGAGGUUUGUAAAGAAAGGCAUGUGGUGAAUGAGAAGUGACGUCAAAGCAUCACCUUUUAUGUGAACGCGCGAAGCUGGUGCAUGAGUGAACGAAUGCGUUAAUCAGAAAGGACAAACGAGAAACAGCGACAGUUGUCAUCGGGCGUUAACAGGCCAUCGAGUUCAAAUGUUGUUUAACAAAUACAGAAAAAAGACGUAUUCUGUUCCGCGGUGGGAGUUCUGAAAUGAGUAAAGAGGAGAGCGUGACUGGGGACGAACGCUUUGUCGCUGCUUGACUGGCGUUUUAAACGUUCACAUGCACGCACGCACGCACGCACGCACGUACGUACGCACGUACGCACACACACACACACACACACACACACACACAC